GCGACGAUCCGAGCUUCAUUCCACCAACAUCAGCGAGCCCGCGUGUGCGGACGCUGCGCUCGCGACCCGGUCCACACGUGAAAAAACCGUCGUUUGAUUUUCAAAAGUGUUCGAAAACUUUUCGUGUUUCGUUGUGCGUAUGUUUGUGUGAUUUGUUUAUUGUCAAAGCGGCAACAUGGGAACGUUUAAAACGCUUAGGCGUGGUCUCCUGCUGCUAGUAUUAUCAUCAUGUGCGCUUGCGCAGAGCAAGUCCGAUGACUUACAGGCAGUACCCAGCGACCUCAGAAGAGCGGUCAGCGAGGCACUCGCUCUAGAGAGGAGGUUCCUACAGGGGGCUAGAGAAGAAAACUGUUCUUCAGCGGAGGACUCCGUCAGCAACACGCCGUGCCCGCCGAGCAAGUACCGCAGCGCCUCGGGCGAGUGCAAUAACGUGCGCUACCGGCCGUGGGGGAGGCGCGGCGACGUGUUCCUGCGGCUGCUGCCCGCCAACUACGCCGACGAUGUCUCCAAGCCAAUGGAGCCGCCGCGGCUGCCAGAGCCGGCGCUGGCGGUGCGCGCAGCAGCCCAGCUAACGCAGCCAGCCGACCAUGAAUAUGUGACCAGCAUGCUGGCUGCCUGGGGCCAGCUGCUGAUGGACGAUCUCAUCGCCACCGUCAACGGGAACAAGGACUGCCACGGGGGUUACUGCGAAUACGUCCGGUCUGCUCCGACCAGAAACAUAGAUUCUUGUGGAUUUGAGUCUCGUGAUCAGAUGAACAUGGCCACGGCCUUCCUGGACGGCUCGGCUCUGUACGGCAGCUCCGAGAAGGAACUGCGGUCUCUGCGAUUAUACGACGUUGGCAAACUUGAUCUCGCUUCUUGCAGGAAAUGCAACGAACCUACCCCAACCGCCCCCCUCUACAAGGCUCUCCUAGCGGAGCACAAUCGCGUGGCCGGCCAGCUGUACGCCAUGAACCCCUUCUGGGACGACACGACGCUUUUCCUGGAGACACGACGAGUUAUUGCUGCUGUUAUACAACAUAUUACAUUCAAUGAGUUCUUGCCUGUACUUCUUGGAGAGGUGGGCAUGGCUAAAGCUGAGUUGAAGCUGACGUCCCUUGGAUUCUGGCGAGGCUACUCCAGCGCCAACCGCGCUGGCGCCUACUCCGAGCUGGUGGCCGUCGCUCCUGUUUUCGAAGCCAUGAUGAACGAAAAACUGAUCAACGCCACUAUCACCGUUAAAGACCUAGCCGACACUAGUGCAAACCGUGUCUCUCGCUUCACAUCUUCAGCCACUUGGGACCUGAACAGGUCUCGUGAUCAUGGAGUGUCCUCGUACCUUCGUGCCCUCAGACUGUGCGAACCCAUGGUUGGAGUCAAGUCUUAUGCGGACUUUGAUAAGUUGGGCUUCGAUCGCGCGCAGCAAGAGAUGUUGGCGAGCAUGUAUAGAAACCCAGAAGAUGUGGAGCUGAUGAUCGGUGGUUCCUUGGAAAAGGCAGCGUCUGGAGCAGUAAUCGGAUCCACUAUGGCAUGUGUUCUGGCUCUCCAAUUCGCUAACCUUAAGAAGAGUGACAGAUUUUGGUAUGAAAACGACAUCCCUCCCUCUUCGCUGCUGCCGGAACAAUUGGCUGCCAUUAGAAAAGUAUCUCUCUCUGGACUACUCUGUUCCGUCGACGAAUCCUUGAGCGAAAUACAACCUAAGGCGUUCGUCAAAAAGGAUCCUUUCCUAAACGCAGCCCAAGACUGCUCUCAGCACGGCCGCAUGGAACUCGAAGCGUGGCGUGACGAAACAGGAGCUAAGGCCGCUGAGCGACUGUCUCAAGACAUGUUGGCUGCUGCCCUGGAGAAGGCCAAGCAGGAGAUGGCUGAUAGGAAAAAACUAGAAUAUAUGCUUUGGGAAGCCCGUGGUGGAGCCGAUCCUCACUCUCCCGUCGGCACCGCUGCCUCGUUCUCCAAAGCCAACAAGUAUGCUCUGAAGCUGGCCAACACUUCGCUGUUCUUCGAGUUUGCCACCAACGAACUGCUCAACUCCAUCAACGGGCCGGGCCACCGCCGCAAGCGUCAAGUAUUUGACGACUCACUCGGCUUCCCGACUUCCACCGACUUCGCUGACGCCCUCCAAUCCGUAGACGUGAGCGGCAUCCUCGGGCAGGACCAGCUCGGCCCCGUCAUUGAACCGGAAUGUGAUGACAAUGGCCAGUGUGACGCGGAUAGCCCCUUCAGGACGUAUACUGGACACUGCAAUAAUCUCAGGAACCCGAAUUUGGGAAAGAGUUUGACCACGUUCGCGAGAUUGCUACCUCCAGUUUAUGAAGAUGGUGUUAGUCGUCCCCGCAUAAACUCUGUAACCGGUACUCCGCUAGUGUCACCACGUAUCGUCUCGACAGUGAUCCACCCUGACAUCUCCAACUUGCACACUCGAUACACUCUUAUGGUGAUGCAGUUCGCUCAGUUCGUCGAUCACGAGCUCACCAUGACCCCUAUUCACAAAGGUUUUCACGAGUCCAUCCCUGAUUGCCGCUCCUGCGACUCGCCACGCACAGUUCACCCUGAAUGCAACCCCUUCCCUGUACCACGUGGAGACCACUACUACCCUGAAGUCAACGUUACUUCUGGAGAGAGACUGUGCUUUCCCUUUAUGAGGAGCUUGCCCGGACAGCAGCAACUUGGACCCAGAGAGCAAGUGAACCAGAACACGGCCUUCAUCGACGCCUCCGUGAUCUACGGCGAGAACCCGUGUAUCGUCCGCAAGCUGCGCGGGUUCAACGGCCGCAUGAACGCUACUCAACACCCGCUCCUUACCCGCGACCUUCUGCCGCGAUCUGACAGCCAUCCCGAGUGCAAGGCCGCUAGUGGCUUCUGCUUCAUCGCCGGUGACGGUCGAGCAUCAGAACAGCCAGGCCUCACCGCCAUCCACACGAUGUGGCUCCGCGAGCACAACCGCAUCUCCGAAGGCCUGAAGGGCGUCAACCCCCACUGGGACGCUGAGCUCAUCUUCGAGCACACCAGACGUAUUGUCACUGCGGAACUAACGCACAUCAUCUACAAUGAGUUCCUGCCGAGGCUGUUGUCGUGGAACGCUGUCAAUCUUUAUGGAUUAAAGCUGCUGCCUGCUGGAUAUUACAAGGAAUACUCACCCACCUGCAACCCCGCCAUCGUGACGGAGUUCGCCGCGGCGGCGUUCCGCUUCGGCCACUCGCUGCUGAGGCCGCACCUGCCCCGUCUGUCGCCCACGUACCAGCCCAUUGAACCUCCGAUUUUGCUGCGUGAUGGCUUCUUCAGAACCGACAUGUUCAUGAAUCACGCACAAAUGGUCGAUGAGCUUAUGCGCGGUAUCGCUUCAACCCCCAUGGAAACCCUCGACCAGUUCAUCACCGGAGAAGUCACCAACCAUCUCUUCGAGGACCGUCGCAUUCCCUUCUCGGGUAUCGAUCUGGUGGCCCUGAACGUCCAGAGAGCGAGAGACCAUGGAAUACCCAGUUAUAAUAAUUACAGAGCGCUUUGCAAUUUGAAGAGAGCAGCUACCUUUGAGGACUUGUCGAGAGAGAUUCCUGAUGAAGUUAUUGCAAGACUUAAGAGGAUAUACCCAACUGUGGACGACAUCGACCUGUUCCCUGGAGGCAUGAGCGAGCGGCCACUACAAGGAGGUUUAGUAGGCCCUACUUUCGCCUGCAUCAUCGCCAUCCAGUUCAGGCAGCUGAGGAAGUGUGACAGAUUCUGGUACGAGAACGACAACAACGCGGCCCGCUUCACCGAACAGCAGCUCUCCGAGAUCCGAAAAGUUACGCUCUCAAAGGUUCUCUGCGAGAACUUUGACCAGAACAGCGACAUCCAGAGGGCUGCUUUCGACCUACCUAGCAAUUUCUUAAACCCUCGCGUGCCUUGCGCGUCACUGCCGAAGGUGGACCUUUCUGCUUGGAGAGAGAGUGCAGCGCAGGGCUGUCUCAUCGCGGGCCGGAACGUGCCUGUCGGCGACUCGGCCUUCCCUUCGCCUUGCACGUCCUGCAUUUGUACUUCUGAAGGGGCCCAGUGCGCGUCGCUCCGCAUCACGGACUGCGCGCAGCUGCUGCGCGAGUGGCCGCGCGAGGCGGUGGCGCGCGACGACGUGUGCGCGGCGCAGUGCGGCGCGGCGGCCGGCCCCGCCCCCGCCCCCGCCGCGCGCGCCCCGAGACGACCCGCGCUCAACUUCAAGUUCCCCGAUCUGUCGCCGUUCGUUGCCAAGUGAGGGCAGGCGAAGUGAUCGUUCUUUAGACGACUGAUAGUUGAAGGUGAUUUGACCGAAUUGAGAGAUCGCUAUGUGAGCGAUUUCAAUAUUUUUUUUUUUGACAAAAUGCUUUUUUGGUGUCUUCAAUGAGAACCUUUAGUUCUAUGGAUCUAGGUACCUAGUGAGAAAGGAGAACGUCUGUUACGGAUGUUUUUUUUUUUUUCAGUAUGUCUCGGACAUACGAACCAAAAUAAUUCAUAGCAAAACGUGGCGAUCCGAAACACCAUUUACAUUUUUUAUAUUCGGAUUGUAACCAAAAAACAACAAAAUUAAGUUCGUCAAAUCGCUCACACAUAAUUUAAAAAAUAAUAUCCUCAAUCUGUGUUUCUUUGCGAAAUCCGAGCAACAGCGGAUUUCCUUUUACAUUCAGUUAGCAACAGAAGUAACUAAACGACAAUGCUAAUCGUGUGCAAGUCGCUAAUUAUUUUCUCUUACUGACUGUCCUGUCAAUAAAAUAAAAAAAUAAACAGGUCUAGAACAGUGACCGAGUUUCGGUAUGUUAAGUGGACCUUUUAAUUUUGACACCAUAAAUGGUCAAUACUACGAAAAUACAUGGCUCAAAUAUAUUGAGUAAAAAUCUAUCAAAAGGUUGUGUACAAAAAAAAUUCCGUUUUGAGUGGCGUUGAUGACUAAUUUAAAUAUAUUUAAGUGCCGGGAAAAUCAAUAUAUGUAGUAAUUUAUGCAACUGUUACUUAAUAAUGGGCCUUAAAACACUAGUGUGAUUUAAUGUGAUUGACCGUUUAAAUGCCAAAUGAUAAACGGUUGCAUAAUAAGUAAUUUAUCUACGAACAUAUUAAAAAUCAUCUUUUGCGUUGUUUUUAAAAGAUGUUUUAAUUUUUAAAUAGCAUCGUAGCGGUUUUAUGAUAUGGGCGUAGAUAAAAAUGAAUAAAAAUGAGCCCCACUUUUAAAUUAUAAUUUAAAUGUAGGGAUUAGAAAUAAAAUACUUUUCCAGUCUAUUCCUUCCCUUGUGUAUUGUAGACUUGCAGAAUUAUAUACUCCUUGUUUAAGUUUAUUACAACAAAUAAUUAGGUAGUUUAAUAUGUAUAAUAAAUAGUUGCUAUUUAUUAGUCUAAUUUAGGGUAUUGUUAAGAUCUGUACAUUGUUUAAGACACUUCGUUGCAAUGCAAUAAUGUGGCUUUAACAAUUUGUUUCAUCAAGUACCAAAUUACAUUUUUAUAAUUUUAUACCAUUGACAUACAUCUAAGGACGGGCCUUAUGGGCAAAGAAUGGGGCCAGUACAGCGGUGUCACGCACACGAAUUCGAGACAAUCGUGCAGUCUAACGCCGUAACGCGAUUGGUUGAUGAGUUCGCAUCACGCGCGCGAUUGGUCGGAACUAGUUUCGUUAGACUGCCCGAUUGGCUCGAAGAGUGACACCACUGAACUAGCACUAUUCUUAGUGCCCAUAAGGGCUGUCAUUAAAUAUGUCAAUGUUUUAUACUCUUUCGAAUUAAAUUUCUUUUUAAUUAUAAUUAAGCAUUUACGGCCAUCGUUAGCUUUAAUUUUGAUGUGGCGAAAACAAAAUUAGGUUAAGUAUUGACAUAAUAAAUACACCCAGUUGUUCUGAAAAUACAAAUUGACAUGCACUUAAUGUUAAAUGUUACCAAGUGGUACAGAUUCACAAGAGCUGGAACGAACGGAAUGAAUGACUGAAUGAAAAUAUCUAUGUGUAUCAAUUCAUUAACCAAUAAAAUGGCGGGUCUGACUGUAUACCGAUAUAGAUGUCACUCAUUUAAUGAAAGUUUCGUGCAUUCCAUUCAUGCCAACGUUCGUGAAAUGAGUCAGUUGUGCAAGUUCCCAAAAAGUUAUAAAAUUUCUCGGAACUUCCAGAGAAAGUUUCAUUUUGGAUAUGGAAAAUUUCGAUACCCAUACAAAAAUACGAGGUUCCCGAAAUUUUUCCAUGUGGAAAUUUUGCAAUUUUGGAAACUUGCAGUCGUCAGUAACCGAGUAUAAAAACCAAUAGUUACCUUAAACUUGUUUAAUUUACCGAUAUGUGCUGUUCUAGUUGUAUAAGUUAUUAAAACAGUUUUCAACAUUUGUCACUGCCCAAAGGCCUGUUCACACCGGCUGCGUGUGCGUGCGUUAAAACUUUGGAGCCGUACACGCACACGUCACGUAAUCGGUGUGCCGUCUCUCAUAAGAAGCUGUAUAAUACAACGCGCACAUGCACGUCUACGCACACGCAUCCGAUAUGCACAGGCCAUAAAUGUACUUGUAUAAAUUAUUGUAAAAAAACAUUGGCCGAAAUCAAGGUGUAAAAUAGUUAUAAAUAGCUAUAGGAACACAAAUCUCAUCUAGUGACAAAACAAGUAAACGAAUAUUUUGUUUAAAAA